CAAUGGGGCGCUGGCAGGAAGGGCCGUGGUGGGGCAGCCAGGGCCCCGAACGGGGCGCGGCAGAGGGGCAGCCGGGAGCCGCGGCCAUGACUAGUUUGGAGAGUGAGGGGGCGGUGGGGGACAACGCCCAGCUGUGCCCCCCCAGCCCAGCUUCCUUUGGGGGCUCAGCCCCCACGACUGACCCCCUGGUGCCCCCAGACGAGGACGUCGCAGGGAGGGACCCUGGGGACCUCUCGGUGGGACAGGACCGGACCAGCAGCGACCGCCCUGCCCCGGACAGCUCCGACUCCCCCACACCGACAGAGGCCGACCCCCUGGACCCCUUCGACCGGGAGCGGCUCUUCGACCUGCUCUUCCGCUCCCAGAGCCGGCGGCUGAAUGAGCAGCGCUGUGUCCUGCCCGGCCUGCGGGGGGCACCCCGCCACGACCCCGCCCGGCCCUGGCGCUCGCUGCCCGGGACCCCCACCGAGGGCCUGCUGGGGGGAGCAGGGAAGUUCUGCUCGCUCACCUCGCUGCAGGCCGAGCAGUUCUUCGAGCUGGUGGCCACGGCCCAGGCCCGGCGGCUGGACGACCAGCGGGCUGACUUCGCGGGGGACCCCGGGGCCGAGGAGGGGGCUGAAGAGGGGGCCAAGGGGCCUCCGGAGCCCCCCGACCAGGGGGAGGAGUUGUACAGCACCAUCCUCACCCACCAGAGCCAGCGGCUGGAGGAGCAGCGCAGCGACCCCCCCCAUCCCGCUGGGGGCCAGGAGCUCUUCGACCUGCUGCUGCGGGUGCAGGGGGGACGCAUGGAGGAGCAGCGCUCGGAGCUCCCCCCUGCCCUGCUGCCCCACCCCUGCUGAGCCCCCCCCGACGGGCAGGGGAAGGGGGGGCCGAGACCAGGCCCAGCUCGCUGCAGGAAUGGGGGAGACAGCAGCUGAAACGGGGAGGG